AUGCGUAAAUACGUAACAAUAAAUUGUCUAGUGGAUACUAAUGAUAUAGAACCUUUUCCGAGCGAUGUAAUCCAGAAACUUAGGCAGGCUGUGCUUGCUCCAAUUGGAUUUUCACCGAAGAUCCAGCAAGCCUUGCAAAGAUUUAACUUCAAAUUUCACCGGACUUGCAGUUACUCCAACAUCAUACGGGAGUGUGAUGUUGGCGAGGGAGAAACUCUGUUGAUGUACUGGGGCCUUGAGCGCUCCGACAGUAAAGCCACAAUGAGCAUGUCUGCAUCCAGCUGCUCUUCUUUGCACAUGAUUGCAUCCCCACCAGCCCAACAGCGCGAAAAAGAAUUACGUUCAACGGCACAACAGACAGAUAUCAGCUGUCGAUAUACGCCCGGCAUUUCUUCGCCAGCAACAGUAACCGACUCAGAGGAGCAACGCGUAAUGCGCGCCCGUAUCGCCGACUCCCUGACGUUUUCAUCGCCAGCUUCUUCUUUAUUGCAGUCCGGUGGGGGGAGGUCCAUGUCUAUACUGGGCUCGGUUUGUGCCCUGUUACUCCACAAGCAGGGUCCGCAAGUUGCAAAAGAAGUCACCAGCUUCACGGGAAGCCGUCGUUCAGACAAUAUCUGCCGUAUCUGCUUCGGUGGGGAGUCAGCCGAGCGCCUGGUGCGGCCGUGCUCCUGCCGCGGGACUAUAGCAGCAGUCCACCGCACCUGCUUGGAACGCUGGCUGCUACAAGCUGCCACGUCGUACUGCGAACUAUGCCGGCACCAUUAUAUUGUAACCAGAAGUCAUAAAUGGUCGUGGAUGCGGUCGAUGUGUGAGUGGGCGAUGUCGGGGCGCGGACGCGCGCUGGCGGCGGACGUGUGGCGCGCGCUGGCGCUGGGCACGGCCAGCGUGCUCGGCACGGCGCGCGCGCUGCACGCCUGCGACGCCGUGCUGCAGGCCGGCGCGCGCAGGGGCGGCGGCGCAGCCCUCGCCGCCAACCUCUUCUCCUCUCUCCUCAUUGGGGUCAUAGGUGCUCUGAACGGUCUGCUGACUACCUGGAUGUUGCUGAAAAUCCAAGAACACCAGCUAUCCUGGCAGGCGUGGCGUGACAGCACGCUGCACGUUCACGUGACUCUUGCUGACGAAGAGAAUACUCUGACUCCUCACCCUUCGGACACCACGGUGGUCGGAGGAGAUUCAGGAACUGCGACGGCUGAUAGAAGCACCAACGUAGCUGACCCGUUUAUGGUGGCCCUCCCAUACACGCUACCAGAUCCCUGGUAUGAGGUCAUGCUCUUUUUCACUCUUUAA